GAAACACAGCCGAACGUCCAUCGAUCCGUGGACUAUAGCGCGUAGGCAAUUCACAUCAUGCGAAUCACCUGUCAAACAAGGGACGUAAUCGAUAUUAUAGCACGGAGACCAUGACAGCUCGAUUUCAAAGCCUCACGACGAAGCAGUUCUGCCAGCUAAGAGCUCGGCUUGCUGACACUUUCAUUGCAGGGGACAACGUAAACAGCUCGCUGCGAUAUUAUUUCCUAUUCCUAAAGUUUUUUCUUUCAAUUUUCACUUCAACUUUGCGUUUUAUGAUGUCGUGUACACACAUAUAUGUGUGCACAUCGUCAUUCUCGAGAACAAAGUCUGGAUCGAAAUAGGGAAGACUAACCCAGCCUCGAGCAGCGAGCAGCGAGCAGCGAGUAGCGACAGCGACGCGGCAGGCUGACGGACAUGGAGGGCGACUACUCGCAUUGCGAUCUGUCAGGCCCGGACUUUGAGGGUGAGCUGACCAAGCGCAGCGUGUGGCUCAAGGAGUGGCGCAAGCGUUACUUCGUGCUGAAGGGCAACAAGCUCUACUUCUGCCGGGCACAGGGCGAACCAGCGCACGGACUUAUCGACCUGGCAGACUGCCUGACGGUCAAAUCGGCCGAGGAGAAGACCAACAAACGCUUCUGCUUCGAAGUGGCCACGCCCGACUCGACCUUCUACAUGUACGCGGAGAACGAGAAGCAGAAGGACGAGUGGAUCGGGGCUAUCGGGCGCGCAAUCGUCAAGUUCUCCAGCUCCUUCACGGGCGACCAGGACGACGACGCUAACUAACACACGACAGCUAUCGUAGGGACCAGUACAGGACACGUGAAAUGCAUAUAAAGACUGAUGAAGAAGACGAAAAAAUUAUUUACAACUUUGCAAGAAAAGAAAAAAAAAAUACGGUAAGAAAAAACUUGUGGAGUCCAGGUGGGCAGAAGCUUGACACACUGCUUCAUGCGCAGUGCUUCCCGAUAUGUUUGAGGCCGCUUACUUUUCAGACAGCACCUUGAAGAGGCUGGGUACCACCUCCAUGCGCCAGGGUCCUCCUUCCAGCACUUCGCCGUCGAUGUUCAUGCAGUCGUCCAGUUGGUCAGGCUCAAUCUCGACGGCCUUGACCUUCAAGUACGAGAUCAGUUCGCUCUGGAGCUCCUUGCCCAUCAGAUACAGACCGAACAGCUUGGCCACGGCUACCAAACCGCCCUUACGGGUGAGAAUGAGAUCCAAAUUGCCAUCUGAAGGGUGCGAGUAAGCGCCGUCAGGAGUGAUGUUGACAACGCCCACCACAACGUACUUGCUGCAGUCCUCUUUCCACAGGAACUCGGGGUAUCUCUUACGACUGGCAGGACUUGAAAUACUGCCAGCGAUGCCUCCCCACGACUUGCGUUGCUGACUGAAGCGGUCCAUAUCGUACACUGUGCCUUCCUCCACUUCGAACUGGUCGAGUGCACCGGCAUCCGGAUAAUCGUCGUACCGGAGAAGUGGCGGCUGCGGUUCCGUCAACACGUACCGGACACGGCCACUGUGUUUCUUGGGCAACACAACGGUGCGCUUCACCUUGAG